UGAGGGUAGCGUCCCCGUCGCCGGCUGUAGAUUGGGCCCUUGAGGCCUGGUCGGACGGUCGCGCCCUCCCUGGAGGCCCUUGCGCCCCCGCCGGGGCCUGUGCCUACGCCUUCGGGGCGGGGCCUGCGGGCGUUCCGUCGCCGUCGCGAGGCGUCCGUCGGUCCGUCGGUCCGUGCGUCCGGGGAGCUCGGCCUGCCCGGCGGGGAAGGGUGGCCGGGCCUGUGCCUCCCUCCCUGGACUCGGGAGCCGCCGCUGCAGCGUGGUUUUAUUGACAGUCACUUAAUACGCUAAAGAGUGCUGAGGUGAGCCAGCACCCUAGGUAACGCAGCAAAGAGUAGAUGUGGUUUUGAGGAAUUGAGCCUGCUGAAACCUUGGACUGAAGUCUCAGAGAUUGGGCCAUCUGAGUUUGUAUAAAUAGACUUUUCAACCCUGAUUGCGGUGGGUUAUUGGUAGGAGAAACUUGAUUGUGGAAUGUCAGCUGCUUAAGCUCGCUCCUGGACGAGAUGGAAGGAGAACUGGAACGUCUGAACUCUUCCUCCGAAAAACGCUAUUUCCCCGAAUCCCUCGAUUCCAGCGAUGGGGAUGAGGAGGGGAGUUUGGCUUGUGAGGAUUUGGAACUAAACCCUUUCGAUGGAUUGCCGUAUUCAUCGCGUUAUUAUAAACUUCUGAAAGAAAGAGAAGAUCUUCCAAUAUGGAAAGAAAAAUACUCCUUUAUGGAGAAUUUGCUUCAAAAUCAAAUUGUGAUCAUUUCAGGGGAUGCUAAAUGUGGCAAGAGCUCUCAGGUUCCUCAGUGGUGUGCUGAAUAUUGCCUUUCCAUCCACUACCAGCACGGGGGCGUGGUAUGCACACAGGUCCACAAGCAGACUGCAGUUCAGCUCGCCCUACGAGUAGCAGACGAAAUGGAUGUUAACAUUGGUCAUGAAGUUGGCUAUGUGAUCCCUUUUGAGAACUGCUGUAGCAGCGAAACAAUCCUGAGGUAUUGUACUGAUGAUAUGUUGCAGAGAGAAAUGAUGUCCAAUCCUUUUUUGGGUAGCUAUGGGGUCAUCAUCUUAGAUGAUAUACAUGAAAGAAGCAUUGCAACUGAUGUGUUACUUGGACUUCUUAAAGAUGUUUUACUAGCAAGACCAGAACUGAAGCUCAUUGUUAACUCCUCACCUCACCUGAUCAGCAAACUCAGUUCUUAUUAUGGAAAUGUGCCUCUCAUAGAAGUGAAAAAUAAGCACCCUGUGGAGGUUGUGUACCUUAGUGGGGCUCAAAAGGAGUCUUUUGAGUCUAUCUUACGCCUUAUCUUUGAAAUUCACCACUCUGGUGAGAAGGGUGACAUUGUAGUCUUUCUGGCCUGUGAACAAGAUAUUGAAAAAGCCUAUGAAAUCGUCUGUCAAGAAGGAUCUAACUUAAACCCAGAUCUUGGAGAACUGGUGGUGGUUCCUUUGUAUCCAAAGGAGAAAUGUGCGUUGUUUAAGCCCCCUGAUGAAACAGAAAAAAGAGGCCAAGUUUAUCAGAGGAGAGUGGUGUUAACUGCUAGCUUUGGGGAAUCUUUGAUCUGGAGCAACACAGUCAAAUUUGUUAUUGAUGUGGGUGUGGAGAGAAGAAAGGUGUACAACCCUAGAAUCCGAGCCAACUCGCUUGUCAUGCAGCCCAUCAGCCAAAGCCAAGCAGAGACACGCAAGCAGAUUCUUGCUUCAUCGUCUUCAGGAAAACUUUUCUGUCUGUACUCUGAAGAAUUUGCCUCCAAGGACAUGCGGCCCUUUAAGCCAGCAGAAAUGCAGGAAGCCAACCUAACCAGCCUGGUGCUUUUUAUGAAGAGAGUCGACAUCGCAGGCUUAGGCCACUGCGACUUCAUGAACAGACCAGCACCAGAAAGUUUGAUGCAGGCUCUGGAAGACUUAGAUUAUCUGGCAGCCCUGGACAACGAUGGAAAUCUGUCUGAAUUUGGAAUCAUCAUGUCAGAGUUUCCUCUGGAUCCACAGCUCUCAAAGUCUAUCUUAGCAUCCUGUGAAUUUGACUGUGUAGAUGAAAUGCUGACAGUCGCUGCCAUGGUAACAGCUCCCAGCUGCUUUUCACAUCUGCCGCGUGGAGCUGAGGAGGCUGCCUUGACUUGUUGGAAGACAUUUUUACAUCCUGAAGGAGAUCACUUUACGCUCAUCAACAUUUACAAGGCCUACCAAGAUGCAACUCUGAAUUCCACCAGUGAGCACUGUGUUGAAAAGUGGUGUCAUGAUUACUUCCUCAACUGUUCUGCACUCAGGAUGGCAGACGUUAUCCGAGCUGAACUCUUAGAAAUUAUCAGGCGCAUCGAGCUGCCCUAUGCAGAACCUGCUUUUGGCUCAAAGGAAAACAGUGUGAACAUAAAGAAAGCGCUUCUGUCCGGCCACUUCAUGCAGAUUGCUCGGGAUGUUGAUGGAUCGGGUAAUUACUUGAUGCUAACCCACAAACAAGUUGCUCAGCUGCAUCCCCUGUCUACUUACUCCAUCACCAAGAAGAUGCCAGAGUGGGUUCUCUUCCAUAAAUUCAGCAUAUCUGAGAACAACUACAUCAGGAUUACCUCAGAAAUAUCUCCUGAACUAUUUAUGCAACUGGUACCACAAUACUACUUCAGUAAUUUGCCUCCUAGUGAAAGUAAGGAGAUUCUACAGCAAGUAAUGGAUCACCUAUCAACUAUCUCAGCAAUGAAAAAGGAACAGAAAAUGUGUGAGCAGUGCCCUGAAACUACUGAACAAAGAUGCACUAUACAGUGACUCUUCAGAACCUCCUACGCAAAACACGAUGUGCAAUAAAUAUCCCAAAGUCGGCCUAACACUUGGUCCACCAGAGCAACGCGCAGAUAUUCGACGUGAAGAAGGGUAUCAUACCCCACGUGGGAUAGUCUGGAAAAAUAACACUGUAUAUUAUUUAAAAAUAAAAAAACAGAAGUUUUUAUUGAGUUCUUUAAAUUACUACUCCAUGUUUUUCUUCUUAUUGGGAAAGUUUUUAAUCAACCGUUCAUAAUUUGACCAAAAUUCAAAAACAAAGAUAUUUUGUAAAUGUGUCACAGACACAGGUAACAGAACCCUACUUUUUGUAGAGGACCUUAAUCUGAAUAAAGUCAGAAGUUUUUCAA